UCAGGCCUGCAAUAAGCAAGGAAUAAAAAGAAAUCACCCUAACAAAAAAAAAAAAACACCCAAAAACACCUUUUCUUCUUCUCCAAGGCAGGUCUCUAUAUUUUCCUGUUUGCCAUGGACAUGAAGAAGAUCUCCUGUGCUGUCCUCGUGGCUGCUGCCAGCAUGAGCGCAGUCUUGGCCAGCACUGAGGCUCCUGCACCUGGUCCCAGUUCAUCUGCAACCAUGCCUGUGGUUGGGUCCUUGGUGGGAGCCUCCCUUGUGUCUUUCUUGGCUUACUACUUGCAGUAAGCAAUACCUGGAAAGGAAUAAGUGUGCCUGAAGAAGAGAAGAAUAUCAUGAAGAAAGAUCAACAAUGAAUAUGAACAUUUGGUUAAAUGUUCAUUCUAAUCUUUCUUAUUUCUUUUCUUUGUUUCAUCUGAAUAUGUAACUGAAAUUUCAUUACUUAAUUACAUUCAUUGUAAUAAUAAUAUAAUCUAUUAUGUAAAUUGAUACAUGCUUCUUUCUUCCAUGCUUUUGAUUCUGUGACACACACACAUAGCAGUUUAUGUUAUAAAGAAUGGAAGACAUGAACUUAUUGUCAACAACGAGACAGGAUGGUAAUUCUGGGAAAAGAAAAGUAAAAGGUCUUACUCUUA